UUAAACUUUGACACUUUAAUGGCCUCUAAGGAUAUUAGAUAAUAUUUUAGCAUUUAAUGUUCUCCGACACGGUAAUGGCAUCAAAACCAGAUAAGAUCUCCUAUCCCUGCAAAUGUGCAGGGUCAGACUCGUCCCCGCGGAGAGAAGACAACAGGACCCCAGCUUCGUAGUUAACUUAUCCCGAAGCUCCAAUGCAAACGCUUUUUUACUCCUUCGCCGGGACCGCUGCUGUGCAAACACUACCUUCUAUUCGCAUUCUCCUCGGCUCGGUGGCCACAGAGAUUAGGAAGUAUUAUGAGGGAGGCUGAGGACGCCACGCUCGGGGCAGAGACACGGCGCUGGGAUUAGGGACUGCCACUUCUGAGAGGAUGCUGGGGGUCUGCAGAGGGAGACGGAAAUUCCUGGCUGCUUCGCUGACUCUUCUCUGCAUCCCAGCCAUCACCUGGCUUUACCUGUUUGCCGGGAGCUUUGAAGAUGGGAAGCCGGUGUCUCUGUCCCCGCUGGAGGCCCAGCCGCACAGCCCCCGGUACACUGCGUCCAGCCAGCGGGAGCGCGAGAGCCUGGAGGUGCGCGUGCGCGAGGUGGAGGAGGAGAACCGUGCCCUCCGCCGGCAGCUCAGCUUGGCCCAGGGCCGCAGCCCGUCCCACCGGCGUGGCAACCACUCUAAGACCUACUCCAUGGAGGAAGGCACCGGCGACAGUGAGAAUCUUCGCGCCGGCAUCGUGGCGGGCAACAGCUCUGAGUGCGGGCAGCAGCCGGUGGUGGAGAAGUGCGAGACAAUCCACGUUGCUAUUGUCUGUGCCGGAUACAACGCCAGCCGGGACGUAGUCACCUUGGUGAAGUCUGUCCUGUUUCACAGGCGGAACCCCUUGCAUUUCCACCUCAUUGCUGACUCCAUCGCUGAGCAGAUCCUGGCAACGCUCUUCCAGACCUGGAUGGUACCUGCGGUGCGUGUAGACUUCUACAAUGCUGAUGAGCUCAAGUCUGAAGUUUCCUGGAUCCCCAACAAACACUACUCUGGGAUUUAUGGUCUGAUGAAGCUUGUCCUCACCAAGACUCUUCCUGCCAACCUGGAGAGGGUCAUCGUCCUUGACACAGACAUCACCUUUGCAACAGACAUUGCCGAACUCUGGGCUGUGUUCCACAAGUUCAAAGGCACUUGUUGCAUCCCCGCUGGGGGUCACCGGCUGUAAGGAGUCAUCCACUGGGC